UAGGGAGAAAACGUUCGUGCAGAGGGAGCUUGCUUCGUAGUUUUCGCGAUUUCCAAAUUAAUUUAAUUGGUGAUGUCAUCUGGUUCUAGAGGGCUGUGUGUGUUGGUGCUUCAGAGUCACCAUCCAGUCAACGUGUUGUAACCACCAGCAACAGAGGCAGUGGAGCGCCCAAAUAAAAAGGCGCAUUUAGUUUUUGGUUCAUGGCAUGGGAUAUUUUCAACAAUGCUGCAGUGACGGAGAUCCGAGGAGCUUGAGAACUAGUUGGACGUUUCUAGAGGAAUGUUGAAGCCACAUUGUGUUCACAAUAGAUUUUCCUUUGAAAAAUAGUGUGUGGGUUUAUAUGGAUUAUGCAUGCUGAAAAUGUAUGUUUAAGAAAUAUACAUGACUGUGCAUGAGCACAACCCUUAGCUUCAGUAGGCUGUAGCAAGCCUUUUUUUCCCUGUUUCUGCAGUUUUAUCCAUACCGCUGACUGUGAAGCUACCUUUGCUAUUCGUAGUACGUGGUUGCAGGGCGUAAAGAGAACGGACAAUCGCACCGGACCGUUCCGGGGUUCGGAUGAGGUGUUUGAAUAGAUUCUUUGAUUUUAGAAUUCUAUCGAACUUUCUAUCCAUUAUUGUCUACAGUAGUAAUGCCAUCGGGCAUUGCAAAUGUGUUAGCAAUGAGGUUGUUCUUCGUGGGAUUUCUACUCAGUUUGGAGAUCCUGUCUCCUACAGGAGCUAUUGAUGCUCCGAAGACAUGCAGUCCUAAGCAGUUUGUGUGUAAGGACCAGGUGACAUGCAUCUCUAAAGGAUGGCGCUGCGAUGGAGAGAAGGACUGUCCGGAUGGAUCAGACGAAGCGCCUGAUAUCUGUCCACACAGAGUGUCCCGGUGUCCGGCCAAUGAGUUUGAGUGUCUGGGGACAGAUGUGUGUGUCCACAUGAGCAGGCUGUGUGAUGGGAGCCCUGACUGCACUGACGGCUGGGACGAGGGGCCACACUGUCGAGGUAACACACACAAACACGCGCGCAGCUUUCUGGGGUCCUUCCUAGCUCCUACAGAACACUGGGCCAGCCAAUCCUGUUGCAGCCAGUGACUGUGUUUUCUGUCUGGUUCCACAAUGCGACACUAUGAACUCAAUAGCUGUCCGAAAUGACAACGUAUUCCGUAUAUAGUGCAUUACUUUUGGCCAGGAAAUAGGAGGCCAUUUCAGACAGCCAAUAUGUCCCCUCUGUGUGGCUCUUAUCUUUUUGUCUGGUUCCACAAUGAGAAGCCUCAAUAAUGUCCUCUCUAUGGCUCUAAUUAAUAGGGAUUGGAUUUGAUGAUGGGAUUCUCCUCCUUUCUGUCGGCCCGGUUGGCUGUCUGGAUAAAUGCUCCGCUCUGCCAGCCAGAGCCGGGGAAGUGGCCUCAGAGCCUGGGUUGAUUUAGGGCCUCUAGGGCCUGAUUUGAUAAAUUAAUGACUUUUUUCCCCCAGAGAGAAGAGGAGCCAUUGUGAUAA